ACGCGCUAACCUCGAUGUACGACUUUGAGUUUGAGGCGACGACGCUCGGCGGCGAGCGUGUGGCGCUCAAGGCCUUCAAGGGCAAGCCGCUGCUGGUGAUGAACGUCGCGACGCUCUGAGGCACAACCGUGCGAGACUUCACUGCGAUGAAUGCGCUCGCGAGCAAGUUUGGCGAUGGCUUCUCAAUUCUCGCCUUCCCCUGCAACCAGUUUGGCCACCAGACGCAGGAGGACAACUCGGAGAUCCUCAGCAUGCUCAAGCACGUCCGCCCGGGCGGCGGUUUCACGCCUGCGGCGCAGGUGACAAUGUUUGAGAAAGUGAAUGUCAAUGGCGCGACCGCCCACCCUCUGUUUGCCUGGCUCCGCUCGCAAAUCCUGUUGCCGAUGGACUCGAUGGCGUCCGUGCACGAGGCUGGGAUGCCGGACCCACUAAAGAUGGUGUCGGCACGCGCGAGCGACGGCAACAGCACCCUCGUGCUGUGGACGCCAGUCACGCGAAGCGACAUCGCGUGGAACUUCGAGAAGUUCCUCAUCGAUGGCGACGGCAUGUGCGUCAAGCGCUACUCGCAGUUCUACCCCACGAUCGACAUCGCGGCCGACAUCGAGAAGCUGCUCCAAGCAGACGAGGCCGAGGGCGUGGUCAAGCCGACCACGCCUUGAGAUUGGCGAAUAGCUCCAGCAGCCGGCAUGGCAGCGCCCGUUUGCGACACAUCAUGAAGGUCGUCCGCCAAAGCACUCCGCGUGUUCGGGCGAGCCGGAACUCGUUGUCGCACGUGGCCGCAAGAAGGUUGCGCUUGGGUGAUGUGCUGUCCGCCCCGCCCUGCCCAAAACAAGAGAGUUAAAUGGGUGAAAAUAAUGUCGCGGUCUC